CGCCGAUACCCCGGCAGAGCGCGCCACUCCUUCGUCGAGGCAGGACGUGCGCCCGAGUCGGGCGGAGCAGAGGCCAGCGGGAGCCGAGCCAAGCCGAGGCCAGCCGUGCCCAGCGGCUCCGCGACCCAGGCAUCCUCUGCCUUCUGCCCGCUCCCACGCGCUCCCCGCGCCCGCUCAGCAGCCCUCGCCGCGCCGGGACCCUCGGGCGCCGCCGCUGAAAAGCGCUUGAAGCCGAGCCAACAUGCCCAUCACUCGGAUGCGCAUGAGACCCUGGCUAGAGAUGCAGAUUAAUUCCAACCAAAUCCCAGGGCUGAUCUGGAUUAAUAAAGAGGAGAUGAUCUUCCAGAUCCCAUGGAAGCACGCUGCCAAGCAUGGCUGGGACAUCAACAAGGAUGCCUGUCUGUUUCGGAGCUGGGCCAUUCACACAGGCCGAUACAAAGCAGGGGAAAAGGAGCCGGAUCCCAAGACAUGGAAGGCCAACUUUCGCUGUGCCAUGAACUCCCUGCCAGAUAUCGAGGAGGUGAAGGACCAGAGCAGGAACAAGGGCAGUUCAGCUGUGCGGGUGUACCGGAUGCUCCCACCCCUCACCAAGAACCAGAGGAAAGAGAGAAAGUCCAAGUCCAGCCGAGAUGCUAAGAGCAAGGCCAAGAAGAAGUCAUUUGGGGAAUCCAGCCCCGAUACCUUCUCUGAUGGACUCAGCAGCUCCACCCUGCCUGAUGACCACAGCAGCUACACAACUCAGGGCUACAUGGGGCAGGACUUGGACGUUGAACGGGCCCUUACUCCAGCACUGUCACCGUGUGCCGUCAGUAGCACUCUCCCCGACUGGCGCAUUCCAGUGGAAAUUGUGCCAGACAGCACCAGUGACCUGUACAACUUUCAGGUGUCGCCCAUGCCCUCCACCUCUGAAGCUGCAACAGAUGAGGACGAGGAAGGGAAAUUAACUGAGGACAUCAUGAAGCUCUUGGAGCAGUCAGGGUGGCAGCAGACAAGCGUGGAUGGGAAGGGGUACCUGCUCAAUGAACCUGGGGCCCAGCCCACCUCUGUCUAUGGAGACUUCAGCUGCAAGGAGGAGCCAGAAGUUGACAGCCCUGGGGGGUAUAUUGGGCUGAUAUCUUCAGAUCUGAAGAACAUGGACACCAGCUGGCUGGACAGCCUGCUGCCCCCAGUCAGGCUGCCCUCCAUCCAGGCCAUUCCUUGUGCACCAUAGGUGGGCCCCUGGCCCCCUUUUACUUCUCUAGGCAAGCAGGACCUGGCAUCAUGGCAGCUGUGGUGCAGAGAAGCAGGAAUCCUGUGGCCCCUUG